AUGUGGUACGUCAACAGCCCAGACACUAGGGCGCUUCCGACGGAAGGAAUAUAUAAGAAGGUAGAGAGAAAGAAAGAGGGAAAGAGAGAGACGAGAGCUGACCAUGGUGAACAUUGCGUCCACGAACAGAAAGCGUUCUGCGAAUCGGGUGGUCCGGGCCGACAAAAUGGCAACGAAGUCACCUUCCUACCACCGAUCGUCGAGUCCGCCGAGUCAUCGCCGGCGGCGGCAGCUGCAUGCGCGCGGCUAAUACGCAAGUUCCUCAAGAAAGACUACUGGUCCAACUCGUCGUAUCAGUACAACGCCCUGAUGCUCACGCGUAUCCUCUCCGACAACCCUGGCCCGUCCUUUACGCGGAAUCUAGACGACAAAUUCGUUGAUGUUCUAAGGGACCUGCUGCGUAAUGGGCGUGACCUCUCUGUCCGGCAGAUGCUCAUGGAGACCCUCGACUCUUUUGAGAACCAAAAAGGCUGGGAUGAGGGCCUGGCGGGCUGUAUCGAGAUGUGGCGCAAGGAGAAGGAAAAGGCUUACAAGGCCUACGGUGGACGCGCACCGCCUCCACAGAUGCCCAUGAUGGGCGGCGCGGGCGGUGGAGCAGUCAACCAGCAUCUCCAGAAUUCCCAGAACUACUUCUCGUCGAACCAUCAUAGGAUGCGUCUGCCCAAUCCAGCGGAGCUGGCGUCCCGGCUUGAGGAGGCCAGGACAUCAGCCAAGCUAUUGACGCAGGUGGUGGCCAACACGCCAUCGACAGAGGUCAUCGACAACGACCUGGUCAAGGAGUUCGCGGACCGUUGCCUGAGCGCGUCGCGCAGCAUACAGCAUUACAUGGCGGCAGACAACCCGGGCCCUGACAACGAGACCAUGGAAACCCUCAUUGACGUGAAUGAGGAAUUGCAGCGGGCCCUCAACAACCAGAAGCGCGCCGUCCUGAGUGCGAGAAAAGAGCUUGGGAUUGACGGUCGAUCACAGGACCCAAGCCCGCCGCUGCCAGAGACGAACGGCUCGCACCCACCGUCACUCCCCGGUUCCUCCAAUGCAUUUGCCGGUGCCCCGCCCAGGAGAAGAGACAACGGCAAAGGAAAAGCAAGGCAGUCACAGGUCUCGGCCGAAUUCGUCUCGCCGCCAUCAGGUCCCCCUCCGGGCCGGCCAGACCCUGUGUCAUCCCUCACGGGCCUCGUCUCACCUGUGUCGGAUGAUGAGGAUGGGGAAAACAACCCGUUUCGCGACCCAGAGCCAGCCGGCGCAUCUUCAUCUUCAUACAUGGAGCAACCGAGCCUCGACUACGAACCCUUCCACCCCGGCUUCAGCCAGCCAACCCAGAGCUACCUGGGCCGCCAGGAAAGCGCGCUGGACAAGAUCCAGAUGUCCGGUGCCGGCUCAGGCUCGCUAGACCGCAGCAGGGACGAGCAGCGCGGAGGAGCAACGAACAAUUACAGUAAUUACAGGCACAAUGGCGGUAGCGCUGCUGCUGCUGCCGGCUCGUCCUCGUCAUCAUCUGCUGCUGUUCCUCGACCGCGAAAGUAUGAGUACGAGGAGGACGAGGAAGGUCACGAGGAUGUCUACAAUGGAGCUGCGGGUGCUUCCUCAUCGGGCAAACAGCCCGCCAACCGCUACUAG